UGAUCGCAGAUGGCGGAGCGUGAGUUCUCUGACAGCAGCAGCAGCAGCGGCAGCGGACACACCAUGGAUAAAAGCAUCACUCUCCCUCCUGACGAGAUAUUCCGCAACCUGGAGAACGCCAAACGCUUCGCCAUAGACAUAGGUGGAUCUCUCACGAAGCUAGCCUACUAUUCUAAUGUACAACACAAAGUGGCCAAAGUGCGAUCCUUCGAGCACGGUACAGAGGCUUCCAGUGACAAGCUGUAUGAGAUAUCGGUGCAGGAGGAGGUCACUCCUCGACUGCACUUCAUCAAGUUUGAGAAUGCGUACAUCGAAACGUGCCUGGACUUCAUCAGAGACCAUCUGGUCAACACGGGAACCAAAGUUAUCAAAGCCACUGGCGGAGGGGCACACAAGUUCAAGGAGCUCAUUGAGAGGAAACUUGGACUCAGAGUGGACAAGGAGGACGAGAUGACCUGCCUCAUCAGGGGUUGUAACUUUGUGCUGAGGAACAUCCCCCAUGAGGCUUUUGUGUACGCCAAGCACGCCGACUCGGAGUUCCGCUUCCAGACGACUGAUCCAGAUAUUUUCCCUUACCUGCUCGUAAACAUCGGCUCUGGUGUCUCCAUAGUCAAGGUCGAAUCAGAGGACAAAUUUGAGCGAAUAGGAGGAAGCUCGAUAGGUGGAGGCACGUUCUGGGGCCUGGGAGCCUUGCUCACCAAAACAAAGAGAUUUGACGAGCUGCUACAGUUGGCCUCCAAAGGGCAGCACGCGAGCGUUGAUAUGCUCGUCAAAGACAUCUAUGGAGGAUCGUACGGCUCCUUGGGGAUGACUGGGGAUCUCAUCGCGAGCAGCUUUGGGAAAUCUGCCACUGCCGACAAAGCGUUUUCUAAAGAAGACAUGGCCAAGAGUUUACUCCAUAUGAUCAGCAAUGACAUCGGGCAGCUGGCCUGUCUGUAUGCCAAGCUCCACAACCUGACCAGAGUUUACUUCGGAGGCUUCUUCAUCCGAGGACACCCGGUCACCAUGCACACAAUCACCUACAGCAUCAACUUCUUCACAAAGGGUGAAGUUCAGGCCUUGUUCCUGAGACAUGAAGGAUAUCUCGGAGCCAUUGGAGCUUUUCUUAAAGGAGCAGAGGAAGACAAUCCAAACCAGUACAGCUGGGGUGAGAAUUAUGCUGGAAGCUCGGGCCUGAUGAGUGUGUCUCCAGACAUGAAUCCGAUGCAGCGCGCUCGCAGUGGAACGUUUGACAUGCUGGAGAUGGACCGUCUGGAGAGGCAGCUGGUGAAUCUGCCUCUGCUGCAGGACCCGUCCUCUUACAUCCCCGACACCAUGGACCUCACGGAGGAUGCUGUGGCUCGCGAGUACUGGCUCUCCUGCUUCGAGGAGGCUCUGGACGGGGUGGUCAAGCGAGCCGUAGCGAGUCAGCCCGACAUCCCGGAGGCGACCGAGCGAGCGGAGAAGUUCCGACAAAAAUACAGACACAAGCUUCAGACCCUCCGCCACCAGCCAUUUGCUUAUGGAUCCCUCACUGUCAGAAGUCUUUUAGACACGAGGGAACACUGUUUAAACGAGUUCAACUUUCCUGAUCCCUACUCGAAGAUCAAACAGAGGGAGAACGACAUGGCGACCAAGUAUUACCAGAAGGCGGUGAGGUCUCUGGACCAGUUGAGCUGGGAGCAGAGACAGUUUGCCCUGGUGCGGGGCGUCCUGGCUGGGAAUGUCUUCGACUGGGGAGCCAAGGCCGUGUCAGAUGUCCUGGAAUCGGAUCCUGAGUUUGGCUUUGAGCAGGCAAAACAACAGCUGGAAGAGCGGCCGUGGCUUAUUGAUUCCUAUGACCAGUGGCUGGAGAGACUAAAGGGUCCUCCUCACAAGUGUGCCUUGUUUUUCGUAGAUAAUAGUGGAGUAGACAUCAUUCUAGGGGUGAUACCCUUUGUUCGAGAGCUUCUCUCUCGGGGAACAGAGGUCGUGUUGGCCAGCAACUCUGGUCCGGCCUUGAACGAUGUGACGAACGGUGAACUGCAAAUUCUGACGGAGAGAAUCGCUGCCAUGGAUCCAGUGAUUCAAUCUGCUCUGACGGACGACAGGUUGACGUUGGUCCAGAGUGGAUCCAGUUCUCCUUGUCUGGAUCUGAGCCGUCUGGACAAAGUGCUGGCACAGGUGGUGCGCGAGCGGAAGACCGACCUGGUGAUCAUCGAGGGAAUGGGCCGGGCCAUUCACACCAACUACUACGCCAGGCUCAGCUGCGAGAGCCUCAAGAUGGCCGUCAUCAAGAACUCGUGGCUCGCCGACCGGCUGGGGGGGAAGCUGUUCAGCGUGGUCUUCAAGUACGAGGUACCGGCUGGGAAAGUCACCAGCCCGGACUCUGCGCCUCUGUCGCCAUUGUGAGCGAGAGGGCGGAUCCCAAAGGACAGAGUGCCGAGGUGGAGCGGCCAGAGGCGAUUGGUCGGAGCUCUGAAUGUAAGGAUGUGGAUCGCGUACUGCCACCGGGUGAAUGAUUGCAACGUGUGGGCAGAUUUUUUUUUAACUGAUCAUCUACAAGAAGAUUUUACUUUUUUUUUAUUUUAAGGCAUUAUUGAUUUUACUGCAGGUUUCAUUUUGGAGAAUUCCAUUUGCUUUCAGGCAGGCCUCUGUCCAUUACACUGCACAGUACACUACAGCUGCUUUCAGACGAGCACCUCAGUCCGGACAGGUCCCAACACGUGACGUGACAAAGCAAACGUCCAGGCCACUUGCUUUGGACACUUUCUGGAGCUUUUUCGGGAAAAUGUCAGACUGAGCCCAGGGUGAGAAUACAGUCGAGAAACUGUCCAGAAAAAUCGAGAAGGGCUUGUCAUGAGUUCUCUGAUGCACAACUGAGAACGACAAAAGAAUACACAUUUCUCUGGCGGUAAAAGAGGAGAGCAGAUUCAAGAGCUUUUAGUGAUGAGAGCCAGUUCUGGUUUUAAUGUGCUGUAAACAAAAUGUCAUGUCAUGUCCCGCUCCAGACAUUUUCCUGUUGCUGAGUCCAGACUUCCUGUCUGAAAUGGAAAAACACAUUCAUCACCACCAGGGUCCAGUUAACUUGAACAAUUGAGAUCUGCAGAUUGCAGGAAAAAAUGAUUUAAGAAAGAAACUUCAUUUAAAAAAGAUUUGUAUAUUCUGCCAGCGCACAACACUGUGUGCGCCCAUUUUGGACGAAUUCGAUUCUUUGUGUGCGUUGUGUGUUAGAGAGCAAGAGAGAGAGAGAGAGAACCGCUGGAGUAAUGGCAGCUUUUAGCAGAGUCCCAUUUUACAUACAGUGUAAUUAACGUGCCUUGAGUUUGACGUGAUAAAAGCAUCCUUUACUCAGACUGCCUUGAAUCCCCGUCGAGCUGCACCACACACACACACACACACACACACACACACACACACACACACACACACACAUCUGCUUCUGUUUCCCCAGCAGUCUCAGUCUCACGCCAUAGACGAGGAAGAACCCACUGAUUCCCUGUUUUUAGUUUUUUUUCCCCAUGACUGCCAGUGAAUGAAUUGACAUGAAGAAGUGAAUCACUGUCGCUCGUCGCUGUAGAAGUGGCAUUAGGGAAAAUGUUGCAUCAGUGGGAGAAGCUGCACUUUAUCACAUGCCGAGACCUGGGUUCCUCCACAAGGUGGCAGUGUUCUACUGUGUUUGUAUUUUCAAAGAUUCCUCGAGUCUUUCACCAGGUGCUUGGUAUCAGUAUUAACGCUGUGUGUGUCAGGUGGAAUACUCAGACGGUCUCAAAUCAAAGCAUCUCGUGGAACUGGAAGUCACUGUAAUUAACAUGUACAACUACCCACUGGUAUCCAUCCCUAGGUCAGAAGAUACAGCUGUUUGAAGGCAAUAAUACUGCAGCAAGGAGGAGUAACAGGCUUUAAACUCUGCGUGGCUGUGAAGUGGAGGAUUAUAUUAUUGACUUCAUCAUAAAUAUCUUGAAUCAAGGCAGGAACAUUUCACAAGCUGAUCCGAAAAUAUUCACCAAAGUCACAGUCGCCAGACGUUUGGAUUCACAAAUUGCAAUAUUGUAUGUUAUUUGUACAUAUAUGUGAUAUACAAGUGUGUGUGUAUACAUAUAUAGAAAUGUAUGUAUGUAUAUAUAACCUGUUUGCAUCACUUCACUUAAGCGCACCAUGCACAAUGUUGUGUAAUAUUCUCCUGACAAUCAGUUUUAAUUAAACGGUUAAAAAGUGA